AUGAGCGAGAACGGCACUCGCAAGAGGUCUCGCUCUCUCCAUGACGAAGGUGACAGUGACUCCUCAGACGAUGACUUCGGCCCUGCUCCCGCUCUGCCCAGCUCUGCAGCACCCAAAAAGAAGCGAAAGCUGGCCUAUGAAUCACUCUAUGUCAAUGCGCUGCCCAAAGGAACGAGAUACUCCAAGUCGCUGAUGCACAAGGAGCAAUUAUCGACUGUUGUCGUUGCUCCAUCGCCGGCAGACUUCGUCAUUACUACUUCUGUGGACGGCGUAGUCAAGUUCUGGAAGAAGGUCGCUGCCGGCAUCGAAUUCGCCAAGGAGUACCAGGCUCAUGAUGGAAAGAUCCUGGGCUCAGCCGUCAGUCAGGACGGUGGAAUGUUUGCUUCCUCCGGCGAUGAGGACGAUAGAACCAUCAAGCUGUUCGAUGUCAUCACCUUCGACUUGUUGUCCAUCUUUGCCCUGGACCAACCAGCGACCUGUCUGUGUUGGGUCCACCGUAGAGGUGCCUCACCUUUACUUGCAGCUGCCGUGGGGAAGUCUAUUCGCAUCUAUGAUGGACGAGGCGAAAACCAAAAGCCUUUGCAUACCCUGUCAAAUUUGCACCGGGCAGAGGUCGUAGCCAUGGCAUAUAACCCUGCCUAUGAUUGCGUCGUGUCCGCUGAUGCUGGAGGUAUGGUCGAGUACUGGCAACCCAGUGGCAGCUACGAGAAGCCUGAAAAUGUCUUCGAGAUGAAAUCAAAGACCAACCUGUUCGAUUUCAAGAAAGCAAAGUCGGUGCCUUACGCCCUCGCCAUCUCACCGUCCGGCCACCAACUAGCAACUUUAUCGUUUCCGGACCGGAGGAUACGCCUCUUUGAUUUUCCAUCUGCCAAACUACACCGGUCUUAUGAUGAAUCACUCGACACCCUCACAGCAAUGCAGCAAGCUGGCACUGCAGCGGUCAAGCUCGAAAACGUCGAAUUCGGCCGCCGGAUGGCCACUGAGCAGGCCCUUGACUCCUCAGCCACCCGUGCUCGCAUCAAUCUCGUCUUCGAUGAGUCGUCCAAUUUUUUGCUCUAUGGUUCUCUUCAUGGUAUCAAGGUAGUCAACACGCUCACCAAUCGCGUCAUGCGCAUCUAUGGCAGAGACGAGCCUUUCCGUGCCCUCUCUCUCGCCUUUUAUCAGGGUGCUCCUCAACGCAAAGAACUUACCACCGUUGCCAUGGCUGCCUCCGACAACCCCCUCCUUGAGGAAGCCCAGGAGCGCGACCCUAUUCUCUUCGCGACCGGCUACGGCAAGCCGCGCUUCUACAUGUUCACCAAUGACGAAGAGCCGUCCAAGACCUCUCGCGACGUUUACAACGAGAAACCCAAGCACACCGGCAAACAGAAGGUUGCGGAGGAGAAGAAAGCCGAGAUGGGCACCAGCGCCGUCCUGCACACCAACAUGGGCGACAUCUUCCUCCGGCUCUUCCCGGACAAAGCGCCGCUAGCGGUCGAGAACUUCACGACCCACGCGCGCACCGGCUACUACAACAACACCAUCUUCCACCGCGUGAUCCGCAAGUUCAUGAUCCAGGGCGGCGACCCCCUGGGCGACGGCACGGGUGGCGAGAGCAUAUGGGGGAAGGACUUCAAGGACGAAAUCACCGACCUCAAGCACGACAAGCCGUACACGCUCAGCAUGGCGAAUGCGGGGCCCGGCACGAAUGCCAGCCAGUUCUUCAUCACCACGGCCGAGGCGCCGUGGUUGGAUGGCAAGCAUACGGUUUUCGGGCGUGUGUGGCGCGGCAUGGAGGUCGUGCACGCCAUUGAGAAUGUGCGGGUGGCGAAGGAGAAGCCAGAGGAAGAUAUCAAGAUUGUGAGUAUUGAGGUUGAAAGUUAA